AAGUAUAAUGGCUUUGCAUUCGGCAAUCAAAGGAAAAUUAAUCUCAGUUAUAGGGGACGAGGACACUUGUGUGGGAUUUCUUCUUGGUGGUGUUGGUGAAAUCAAUAAAAAUCGCCAUCCGAAUUUUAUGGUCGUUGAUAAAAAUCUCUGGAAAUGAAUUUGAGCGCGAAACGUCACCCACCUCGACCUCUAUUUCCACCAAGGAGGAAUGGAUUUUCCUGAAAGUGUGAAACACCCCUAAAAUGAAUUUGAACAAAGAUCUUUGAAAAUAAGUUUGAGGCCGAUCGGAUGGUAAACAAAAAAGUUACAUACAACAAUUUUUCGCGAUUUUUCCACACUUGCGGGUGGAAUUUCCUGAAACCCCGUCUUAACGUGCACCUACAUCACAUAAGUUCCCCAGUACAAUCGUUAGGAGGGGUAUACCCAUGCCCACCAUCACGAACAAUCGCACAAAACGACACUAAAUCUACACAUUACUAAAACAGCUGAUUCCAAAACGUAAACAAAGGCCAGCGGCAGAGCUACACUACUAACCAAACAACAUUAAGAUAGGACAUGCAGAACAAUGAAUGUGGACAUUCAAAUUGGUUCACAUCUGGUACAAACUCGUGACAGCAAGAGACUAUCACCACCUGCCUGCUACUACCACAUAGCCAUAAAUCAAGUAAAUAAACGAACUUAUGAUGCCCACGAAUAUAAGCCACAAUUUAAAUGCAAUGGACUUUUUGAGAAUACAGCAACUCAAAUUGGAACCCUUCGGGUUCCCUGGUCCUUGCCUCUAGACUAGGGUGGGGAAACGCUCUUGGAGAGGACUCACUCAGGUUCUUUCUUCAUCGCCUGUAUUGUUGCGCCGUUGCAUCUCGUGCCCGGGAAAAAUGUUGUGUGGCCCUGGCUGGCAUCCUUCGGCGUGGGAUACGGUCGCCUUGGUUCUCCUCUUUGGGCAAUGCAAUUUUUUGUAUCCGUUAAAUGUACAACUGUGUGAGUGUUCUUGUGUUCGGAAGUCUUGUAUGUAAUUUAUGCACUUUAAUUCCAGCAAUAUGUUUACAUUUAAAUUCUUGCGGCUAACAACGCAUUUUCUGUGUGCGUAAACUGCUCCGACUGGCACUAAUAAAGUUUUUAAAUUUAUUGUUUUAUGAUAUACACAAAA